UCAGGCCUCCUUCCCUGGCUCUCUCUAUCCCUCCUCCUUCCCCUUCUCCUCUCUUACAAUCCUUUGUCCUCCUUUCUGCCCUUUAAACUUUCCCUUCCUUGCCUGCCCCCCCACCCCAGGGCCACGAUGUCGGCUCCCUCGUCCUUGCCGGAUUGGAAGCUGAUGCUCUUGGAGCGGAAGCGGAAGGAAGAGGAGGAGGCGCGGCGCCGGGAGCGGGAGCAGCAGGACCGCAUGGCCAAGAUGCCUGCAUGGAAGCGGGAGAUCAUCGAGCGCCGCCGUGCCAAGCAGGGCUCCAGCACUUCCUUCUCUGAGCCUGGAGGCAGCAGCGAGGGUGGCGGUGGCAGCGGUGGAGGAGCGGGGCCCCCCUUGGCCGGGGUGGGAGCCCCAAGCCCUGGGGAGGAGCCCAGCGGUGAGGAGAGCGCCGUUCUGCAGGAGAAGAUUGGCCCCGUGCACCAGAACCCCUUCAUCCAGCUGGAGAAGCGUCGCAAGGAGACAGCGGCACCGGACAGCGACCCAGCCAGCGCCAAGGCCAAGCAGCUGGCGGACGCCUACAGCCAGAUCCCUGGCAUCCGCACCCUGCGGGCCGACAACGUCAUCAUCAUUGAGUCGGUGCCCGACGCCGAAGGGGCCCCACUGGGCACAGGCGCUGAGCGGCGUCGGUGGCCGGCGGAGGUGAAAUCUGGCAGCGUGGAGUCCCUGAAUGAGCUGCUGGUGCGGCCGGGCGGGAGCGUGACGGAGAUCCGGGCGGGUGAGGUCUUCAUCGUCAAGUCAACCGUGAGCCGCAGCGCGGAGGACCUCAACUCCUGCGGCCAGGGGCACGGGGACGUGGGCUACCAGUCGGCGCGGCCAGAGCAGCGUCGUGGGCGGGUCAGCAAGCUGCUGAGCCACUUCAGCCAGGACGGUGGCGGUGUGGGGCUGCCCCAGCGCCCGGUCAGGUCCCUCAGCACCGAGAACCUUGCUGAUGGCUCCUAUGAGCACCCCUUGGAGACCAGGAAGCUGGAUCCCGGCCUGGCCCGGCAGCAUGGCGGGUCUUCCAGCCCAUCCUGUGACCUGCCAGGGCUCGGCACCUCCGCGCCACCCCCAGCGCCCCUCUUCACAGUGGCCUCCUUCCGCAAUCAGUUUGAAGCCAGGUCUAGUGGCGAGGCCUGGCUGGAGAGCCCUCCACGGCGCUUCUUGCUUGGCAAGUCUUGGAACCAAGAGGCAGCUUCACCAGAGAGGGGGCCCCGGCUUGGCAGUGACAGUCGUGCGGCGGGUGCGGUACCACCAGGCUCACGAGGCAGGGAGGCCACCUCUCCAGAGAGGAGAGCUAGGCCCAGCAGUGGUGAUCGGCUGGCAGCGGCGCCCGGUCCCCAAAGCACCGAGGCCGCCUCGCCAGAAAGCGGGGCCCAGCCCAGAGGUGGUGGCUCAGUGGCUGCGGGGCCAGGCCUAAAGGACAAGGAGGCCCCCUCCCCAGAGUGGGGCGCGAGGCACGAUGGCAGUGGCCCAAACACAGUCAUGCCAAGCCCACAGGGCAAGGAGGCUGCCUCUCCAGAGAGGGGAGGCUGGGACUUGAGGGCCACCUUGCUGGAUGUGAUGAGCACAGGUGAGGCGUUGGAGCCAGGCCCAGCAGCCAUGCUGGAGCCUGAUGCCGACGCACAGGCCAAGGCCCUGGCCAGCUUGCGCCUGCAGUCACGCAACUCCUUCAUGGUGGUGCCGCGGCGCGCCGAACCCAGGCAGGAAACCGGCACUUCUCCUUCUCCUCCCCCAAAGCCCGUGGCUGUUCUCAGCUCUGCUUCCUCCCUGAGUUGUGAGCAGACUCCCCCGCCAGCCAGCGCUGAGGAGCCAGGCGACGGGGAGGCCAUGAGGCGUGUGGGGGCCCGACCAGCCCGGGAGCUGGGAGGGGUGUCGCUGGUGCCACACCCAGCCGUGCAACGCCGGAGCGGCAACACCAUCACCAUCAACCCACGCAAGGCCCCGGUGCCGGCGCCCACCGUGGAGAAUGGCAUCGAGGGUGUGCCAGGGUCAGACAAAGCAGCCAUGGCGCCGGUGAAGAAGCGGUACCCCACGGCUGAGGAGAUCCAGGUGAUCGGAGGGUACCUGUCCCUGCAGAGGUCCUGCCUGGCCAAGAACGACCCCCACCGCAAAAAGCUGAAGAUUUCAUUCAGCGAGAGCCAGCUGGAGCGCACUUUCCAGUACCCAUCGGAGGGGUCCUUGCUGGAGGAGUUUGGACCCCCUGAGGAGUUGGACCUCCCACCCUCGGCCAACCCCCAUGGGGAGGACGAUGAGGAAGAGGAGGAGCUUCUGCUUCUUCAUCGGGGCAUCCCAGGGGUGCUCGGGACCAAGCCCCUCAUUGUGGAUGAAUCCUGCAGGCGGUAGCCUCGUGAGCUCCUCCUUACAGCGGGGGAAGCAGGGCUGAUCCAGAAGCUGCCCUGUCACAACGGGGUCCCAGCCAGCCCCGUCUCUUUUGUCUUCCAGUAAAGUCCCAGCAAGAAGGGGGCUGAAACAGAGCAAGCACUGGAGGGCUGAUAGCCCCAGGUCCCUCUUGCUGUUAUCAGGACAGUGGGGCUGGGAUACUGUCCAUCUCUUUGACUACUCCCGGCAUGGCCCAGCUGGGAAUUGAGGCCAAGGAACAACAUGUGAUCCAGGGAGCCACAAAGAACCCCCCAUCCACCUGCACUGUGCUGGGAGCUCUGCUUCCCGCUUCUGGGAGAGCUCUUUAAUCCCAUGGACUGUAUUGAGAGCCGAUUCCACCUGCUGCCUGCCACAGAAACAGUAGGAGAGCUGGGCAGGGAUGGACUCAGUGGUGGGGGUCGGGGGCAGUGAAAACUGCUCCCGGACACACCCGCACAAG